AUGAACUUUAAUAAUUUUAUAACCUUAUCAAUUAUUUCAUUGAUAAUUUUGCCAAUAAAUUCACAAAAUGUUCUAGACCAUGGAUAUAAUAAUUUGCAUAUUAAUACCACAUUUCCGCAAAUUAAUGAUAAUAUCUCAUCUAAUUUAAUUUCCCUUACAAUAAUAUAUUAUGAUAAAGUUGAUUUAUCGCUUGGUAAUAUUACAAUUUUUCACAAUUGGAAUAAACUUCAAAGAAUUUCUGGAACAAACAACGAAUUUGUAACUCUAGACGAGAACGGAAUUACUGUUCAUGUUAGAAUAAUUCCUUUGGUAUUCGAUGAAAUUUACUAUGUCUCAAUUGAUGAUGAUUUUGUAAAGGACAGAAUUAAGAAGACGCCUCUCGGUGGUGCAAAAGAAGGUGUAUGGUAUUUUAAAACAAUUCCUAGUGAUGAAAUCCCUGUAUUGAAAGUAUCUGUCCAUAAAGGAUAUGUUCAAUUGACACCAGAAGGGACUAAUUAUUUUAACAAACUUAACAAAACCGAACAAUAG